ACUAAUUGUGGAGGCAACGCUGAGGAGGGGGACGAGUGACGACGACGUACUGGAUUGGGCUAGCCAGGUAGCUACCGCUAGCUGCCGUGAGGGGGUUUAUACACUAUAUAUUUGUUUUUAAGUUGACUUCUCCGUGUCAUUCGAAGCAUAAUGCCCAGUAAGAAGAAGAAGUACAACGCCAGGUUCCCCCCGGCAAGAAUUAAGAAGAUCAUGCAGACCGAUGAAGAAAUAGGAAAAGUUGCCGCAGCCGUACCUGUAAUAAUCUCCAGAGCCCUGGAGCUUUUCCUGGAGUCGCUCCUCACAAAAGCCUGUCACGUCACCCAGUCACGGAAUGCAAAGACCAUGACCACGUCACACCUUAAGCAGUGCAUUGAGCUGGAGCAGCAGUUUGACUUCCUGAAGGACCUGGUGGCCGCGGUGCCAGACAUGCAGGGGGAGGGGGAGGAGAACCACACAGAGAGUGGAGCGGGAGCAGACAAAGUCCCCCGCAGGGGCCGCAAGCCGGGCUCCGGGCGAAAGAACGGAGGAGGAGCCAGCUCCAAGGGCAAGGAAAAGAAGCUGUCGGGCACAGAGUCGGAGCAGGAGGAUGACUCUGAGGACAGUGAGACGGACGGGGACGAGGAGGACGGAUCCCAGUCAAGCACAAACAUGGCGUCACGCUUUCACAGCCCGGACGCCCCGCCCCAGUACCUGCACAUGGCCAACAUGGCGGCCGUGGCCCCGGCCCCGGCCCCUUCGAUGCCAGACGGGCCCCCGCCGGGCCCCAUGCCCCCGGGCUCCUUCGCCCCCCACCCCUCCAUGGUGGGAGCCACGCCCCCUGCCCCGCCCACCAGCGUGCCGCACAAAGAAGCAGAGGACGACGACGACGAUGAAGACUAUGACUCUUAGCCUCCCCCCCCCCCCUCCCUCCCUCCCUUUGUACACACCAAUCAAAAACAGGCGCACACUUUCUCUCUGCUUUUAUCCCCCUUUUUUAUUUUCUCUCUUAAGUUGGUCCAUUCAAAGCUGCUCGGAAGAAAGGGGGGGGGGGGGGGUUUGGAUCUCAGCCCCCUCGCUUCCUCUCUUCUGAAGAAACGGAAAAGAUCCCACACUGGCUGAGCGACCACCACCCCCCGAUACCGGUGUCGAGUGUUUGUUGUGAUUUUUCUUAAUUUCUCAUUUCAGAAGACCAAAAAUAGACCAAAACAUUUUUUUUUUUUUGUAGAGAUGAACUCGACUGUCUUAUUUAGAUGCCCGUUAUUCUGAUUUGGACUCCAUCCUCCUCCUUUACCCUCAAAUAUAUAUAUAUUUUUUUUUUUCUCCUCCAUUUUGGUUUUCCCACUCGCAUUUCUCUGUUUUCUUUACAUCGGAGCGCAUCGGUCCUCUGCUUCACUCAAGCCCUCAGGUCGGUUCCCUAAAUUAUCAUGAUGAUAAUGAAUAUAUUAUUAGCAGUCGAAGCCUUAGAACCGGACAGUACUGAUACUGGUCAUUGACGGUGUGCUGCAUCUUAAAGCUAAGUGUAGUGCAAAAACAAAUUACGAGCGCUAGGUAAGUGUAGAGCAGUUCAUAAGGGAACUCUAGACUAGGUCAGUGUGCCGUUAAUCAUUAUCAACUGAAACUAUGGAAACCAAACUCCUUUUCAGGCUUUGUUGUGUCACUUGCUGCUGGUCUAACCACCACCCCCCCCCCCCCAAUCCCCCAUUUUAAAUCCCGAUUUUAUGAAGAUUUUAGGUUUUCCUUUCUUUUUUCCUUUCUUUUUUAAUGUCUAUUAGUGAUGACCGUUAUUCCACUGAAUCGUAUAGUUUAUCUCCCCCAACAUUUGAGACUAGAGAGGUCUACCACUGGCCAUACCAUGUCAGGGAAAAUACUGAGUCUCAAACCAUUACUUUGUUUUUAAAGUUGUACCUAAUUUUCUCCCGACAUUUUCUGCAAAAUCCCGCCCCCGAUUAUUUCCCUUUUCGUGUUUAUUUUCUUUUAAGGUAUUUCAGUUCCCAAACGUUAUUGUUCUUUCUUUUUAAAUACAUUUUUCUGUAUUCAUUGUUUUUUGUCUUUUUAGUUGGUUUUUUAAAUUGAAUUGAAUGCAUUAGGGCUCCCAUUUAUUUGUACCACUAAACAUUAAAUGGUAUUAAAAGGAUAAAAGUGGACAGUGGAAAAUUGAUAUUGUCUUAUAAAGCUUUUAACAUUCUUUUCAUUUUGUAUGGGUGAAAUAAAGUUUGGGAUUCAACUAAGAAAAAUCCGAAAA